AUGGCAAGCUCUGCCGUAGUUUCGUUCUUUACACUCUUGUCUGCCGUUGGCGGUGUUUCUGCGCAGCAAUCCUGCAAGGUCACGCCGUUGGAUGCCGCUUGGCCGUCCAACGCCGAAUGGGCUGCUCUGAACACCACCAUCAGCGGUGCCCUCAUCAAGACUAUCCCGGUUGCUUCUUCCUGUUACUCUGGGAAUCCCUUUGGUUCCUCGGAGGCAUGCGAAGAUGUCGAAAAGGGGUGGGCGAGCUCUGAUUUCCACGCCGCCUUCCCCGAAUCAAUCGAUUACCCCCUUUACGCCAACAACUCGUGUCUUCCUCCUGGGGCGACGGGGUACUCAGCCGCCCAAGGUUGCGAGCUGGGUGGUCUGCCAGAGUACGUUGUGAAUGGCACCACGGAGGAGCAAGUCGCGGCUGCCAUGAGCUGGGCUAGCAAGCGGAACAUUCGCAUCGUGAUCAAGGGAACCGGCCACGACCUCAACGGACGCUCUUCUGGCGCCUACUCGCUGUCUAUCUGGACUCCCAACUUCAACAAGCUCGAGUUCCAACCCGAGUGGAUAAACCCCGCCGACAACACUACCGAAGUCGCCAUGAUCGUUGGCGCUGGUAAUAAUUGGGGUUCCGCCACUCGCGGCGCGGCAAAGUACGACAAGGUUCUCGUCGGUGGCACCGUCGAGUCCGUAGGAACGGGAGGCCAGAUCCAAGGAGGCGGACACGGGCCCCUUUCCAGCACCUUCGGACUCGCGGCGGACCAGAUUCUGCAGGCUCGUGUGGUUACAACAGAGGGUCAGAUUCUCGUUGCCAACGACGCCCAGAACCAGGACCUCCUAUUCGCCGUCCGCGGAGGCGGAGGCGGUCAGUACGGUCUCGUUACGGAGUACGUCCUCAAGGCUCACACUCCUCCCGGCAACGUCGUUUCCCUCAGCAUCGCUCUAUCCACAGAUAAGAACGACACUGCCGCCAAGGAAGCGACCUGGCGCAGUUUCGCGGUCCUCCUAGCGAGCAUCCCUGAUCUGAUGGAUGCGGGCUUGACCGGGUCCGCACUCUUCAGUACCGAUGCCCUGACAAACGCUUCGCUCGCCGCCAAUGUCACGCAUAAGGUCUCGGGCUCGCUGGGAUUCUUCGCGUACAACACCACCGCCGAGAAGAUGACUUCACUCCUAGAACCCGUCAGAGACCGUAUGCUCGCUGCAGGAGGAGGCAAUGGCUCCGUCUCAGUCACGCUGGGCGAGCCCUCUGUGCAGCCUGACUUCAUCAGCCUCUUCGAAUCCGUCAACGGAGCGUCCAGCGCGGCGGGAGCCUAUAGCUUGAUGACCAGCCGCCUCCUGGGCCGCAAACACCUUAGUGAUAUCGAGCAGCCCACCUUGGUCUCGUACUUGAAGCAGGUUAUGCAGACUCAGAACCCAACGGGCGGAGGCAUGAUGGUCAUCGGGCUCCAGGGUGGCUCCGGGCCGCGCAACGUGCCGGAGAAGAUGCGCGGCGCCGUGAACCCCGUGUGGCGAUCGACCUACAUCCACAUGAUGAGUUAUGGAGCGUCAAUUGACACCACUAACGCUUCGCCACAGGAGGCGCUCGAUGUUGCGGCCAAGUGGUUGGAGGAGACCAAGGAGCCUAUUUGGAGGGAGUGGGCGCCUGGUUCGGGGUCUUAUAUGAACGAAGCCAACGCGUUCAAUAGUCAGUUCAAAGAAGACUUUUACGGCGAAAGCUAUGAUCGUCUUCUUGAGGUCAAGCGCAAGUAUGAUCCGACGGAGAGCCUUUUCGUUUUGGCUGGAGUUGGGAGCGACGCGUGGAAGUACGACCUCGACAGCGGCAAGCUUUGCAAGACGGCCUGA